AGGCCGGAAGUCUCGUUGGCACCUCCCCCUCCCUCCCUCCCUCCUCUGGGCCGUGUCCUCGGCGGCGGCGCAGCAGCCAGUCAAGAUGAAGUUCAAUCCCUUCGUGACUUCUGACCGCAGCAAGAACCGCAAGAGACACUUCAAUGCCCCCUCUCACAUCCGGAGGAAGAUCAUGUCGUCUCCCCUUUCCAAGGAGCUGAGACAGAAGUACAAUGUCCGCUCCAUGCCCAUCAGAAAGGACGAUGAAGUCCAGGUGGUGCGGGGACACUACAAAGGUCAGCAGAUCGGCAAGGUGGUGCAGGUUUACAGGAAGAAGUAUGUCAUCUACAUCGAGCGUGUCCAGCGGGAGAAGGCCAACGGCACCACCGUCCACGUGGGCAUCCACCCGAGCAAGGUGGUUAUCACCAGGCUAAAACUGGACAAAGACCGCAAGAAGAUCCUGGAACGCAAAGCCAAGUCUCGCCAGGUCGGCAAGGAGAAGGGCAAAUACAAAGAAGAGACCAUCGAGAAGAUGCAAGAAUGAAAUCUUCUUCCGCGAUUGAGAUUAAACUGUCGAAACGAA